AUGUCUGAAACCGUUUCGGAAAAGUCUCCGAAGGAGGAAACGCCGGAAAAAGUUAAGCGACGGACUCCUCACGUAAAACCAAACGUUGAAGUCAGACGGGAACUGUUCAGAGUGAGUGGAAACUGCGAAUCGAAGAAAAUAGACUGUUUUAGGGAAUUGUGGAUGGGACCGGAGAGCAGGACGAAAAACGAGAGCUAGUCAACAAAUUAUCCUUUGAAUUUUUCGAAGAGGACUUGAAAAAGUGCACUGCGAACAAGACGAAGGACGGAUUGGAACUGUGGGAGAUCGAGAAGGACAAGAUCUACAGUUCAGUUUUGAGAAUGCUUCGUCACAUGCCGAACAAGAACAAGCCACAAGGAGUAGAGCUGAGUAAUUGGUAUAUGGACGCAUUUGUCACCUGGUUGGAGCAGAAAGGAAACGAAGAUGAGCUUCAGGAGGAGUUCUUGAGCGAGAGAACUCUGGAAACGGCACUCGGAACAGCCAUCGAAGAACCGCUUAUUUCGCAUGGGAUCAGUCGGAUUUUCGGAAUCAGCCAGGAGACGAUCGAGCAAAAAGUGAUGGAGAAAAUCAACUACUUCCUCGAGAACAAGAAUUAUAAGGAAGGCGGUAUCCUCGCGGCGAAGAACAAUUUCGUCGACCGCUUCGAGUUCGAUCAAAUCGCGUUGCCCCUUCUUCUUGCUGACAAGUUCCCCAACGUCCUCGGGAUGAUGAUGAAAAGUACGCGACUUCAAAAGGAGUUCAUCUCGUUCCUGGACAACCUUGUCGGCAAAACUGAUGCUGAAUUGACUAAAUUCUUCGAGAAGUACGAGUACUUGAACUUUCCGGAAAUCACUCUGAGGAGAUUCAGAGGACAUACAUUAAAGGCAUUCAUGACGAAAUUCUUCAACGGAGUUGUGAAGGAUUGCGGAUUCGAUUUGAAACAGGAACGAGAUGCGCCAAAACUCCGAUUAGAGCUGAGUAAGAGCGCGUUGAAAUACUAUUCCAAGCAGAGAUUCGAUGUGCGAGAAGCGAGCGACACGUGGUACCAUGAGCAUGUGGAAGACACGUUGCGAAAGAGUUCUGAUAUCAUAACUGCGUAUUAUCUGGCCUUUCUGUGGAGUUCGGACGAAGAAGCGAAGCGGUGAGCUGCAACGAUCGAAUAAUUCGGCAACCUGCUGGUUUCCAGAAUUGACGCAAUUUGCUGGGUGCAACAUUUGAAUAUUCCCCAGGAUAAAAUUCCCGAUGUCAUGAGAAACGAGUGGAACGUCCCGGAGAGAGAAUCACUGAGGGAACAGGCUCGGAUGAUCGUCGCUGAGAGAAGGUAGGGAAGUUCUGAAGGCCAUUCAAAGCAGCUCUCGUCAGUUUCAGGAACUUGGGCGCUCCUGAAGAAGGGGAGCAAUUGUUCGCCUCUGGGCUGGACAAGAACUGGCCGAUAAAGAUUGUGGAGACGGAAGAGGGCUUCGUGGAAAUGUGCUCGAAGCUGGGAGAGCUGAUAAAAGAAUCCGAAGAAGUUUACGUUGGAUACGAUAGUGAAGGAAAAGAAGCGAAUCUCGUGCAGCCUGGGUAAGGAGAAAGAGAUGAGAAUUAUGUAAAUCUGCGGGUGUUCAGCAAUGCCAAAAUCGCUCUCGUGCAGCUGUUCUUCCUAGAAACCGCCUGGAUAAUCGACAAUGUCCGCCUGGAAAGCCUCGAACUCGACGUGCAGGAUAAAGUUUGGGCAGAUUUUGCAGACAAGCUGUUCCGAUCGGAAAACGUUUUACUGGUUGGAUUCGAUAUGCAAAACGAUCUGAGGAAUCUUAUGACAGUCUCUAACUUGCAAAAGGUCAUCGAACUGUCGGAAAUCAAGAAUGUGGUGUGCUUGAAAGAGUUAGGAGAGGCUAUAUGCAGAGUUGAUUUGCAACUGCUGGGAAUGCCGAAGAGCACGUUCAGACUGUCGGUGCUCUCGAAACACAUUCUCGGAUGGGACAUUGACAAAGCGGAGCAAGCGAGCAACUGGCAGUUCCGUCCGUUGAGGAAAGUGCAGAUCCUGUAUGCGGCGGUCGAUGCAAUCGUCGUCUCGGAGAUAUUCAAACGGAUAGUUGAAAAGGCUAAGCUAUGGGAUGCCUCUGUCGAGUACCCAAGGUUAUUGAAACAGGCUAACGUGCACUAUCUGAUCUUCGAGAAGAACAGAAACAAGAAAUUGGCACAAAAGAUGCCAUGCUGGCCGGAACUCUUCAAGGUCGGCCUCGUAAUGUGCACUUGAAAAGUACUAUUUUUUGUUUCAGAUGCUAAGUGCAUGCCAUGAUCCAAACAAAGCGUCUAUACGACCAUCCGAAGCCAAAGUGAUUGUGGACACGAUGGUUCUCGGCUUCGGAAAGAUUCUCGAAAAACUCGGCGUCGACGUUAUCGUGCCGAACAAGCCUGCCGAUUUCCAUCGGGAACUUGCGAAAAUGAAGGAUGGAAGCUCGGAACAAAGGAUUAUUGCGACGGUCGAAUCGAAGAGUUACGAGGCGAUGAAAAACGAGUACAGCAAGUUCUUCCUGAUGAAGGAUGUGUACAGCGUGCAGGUGCUCACCCAUCUGAUCGAAUUUUGCAAGCAGUACAAUAUCGAGAUCAAAUACGAAGAUAAUCACGGAUUUCUGAGCGCAUAUCCAAAGAAAGAGGUGAAAGGAAGAGAAGAAAACGAGGGCAGAAUGGGGACCUAA